AUGAACAUGCAAGAUAAUGGCAGGCAGCAGUUGUAGAAUUGGUUCCAGCAAUUCCAUUGUAUUCUGUGUCUGUCAACUGAUAGGGAGUUUGUACUGUUGCCUUGUCUUGCAGUAAAGACAUCCAGGGAAGGAGAGAAAGAGAGGAGAAAGGAAGAUGGACAGAUGCCUCAGUGCCUGCUACCCCAGACCGCAGAGAGAACACUUAUUAUUGUUAAAAGAAGAGAGUAGAAGACCCAAAGGGAAAGGAGAAGAGACUGUAGAGAAGAGGACAACGCAUUCUGUCACAGAAGCAGCCUUGGGUCCCAGGCUGGUUAACGGGUCUCUUAAGAGGGAGAACAGUCCUUGGGACCCGUCAAAAGAUCGAUCUCCAGGGUUAGAGAUGAACCGCGCCCCCCCGACCAGUGACACUCCCAGCAGUAGCAGCUGCCUGUGUGGACCCCUCAGCGCCCCCACCGGAGUCACAGGGCCCACCACGCCUCGCAGAGGACCCCCAAAAUUCAAGCAGAGGAUGACCCGCCAGUUUAAGAGCAAGCCCCCUAAAAAAGGAGUCCUUGGGUUUGGCGAUGAUAUUCCAGGAAUGGAGGGCCUGGGAACAGACUACACAGUGGUGUGUCCUUGGGAGGCCUUUAGUCACCUGGAGCUCCACGAACUGGCUCAGUUUGGUAUCAUCUAGAUAAGAACCAGAACCAGCAAUCAUGUAAGGCCUUGUUUGAGACCAACUUACAUGGAACCAAACCAGAACCAGCUUCAGAGACCCAUUUUGAAUGAUCUGGCCCAGAGAUGCUGUGUGACUCCCAGCCCUGACAAGAGAAGCUGGGAAAACCCUUCUUUCCUAAACACCUUAGAUUAGUUAGUUGUUUUCUCCAUUUCUUAUGAUCAGUAAGGUUAUUAAUCCUACAAUCACUGUCCAGUUUCAUGUCAAAGCAUACAUAUUAAUCCAACAUUAGAUAAUCUGUGCAUGAGAAAACUAAUCUCUCCUGAUCCUUUAUUCCUGUUCUAUUUAAUCUCUUAUGCCUGUUGUAUCAUCUGCUGGAUUACGUAAAAAGCAUUUUUCUGUUUUACAGACAUUUAUUGGGAAAUGUUGCCUUUUUUUCUACUGAAGCCGAGCAGUUGGUGUCCUCUCUGUUAGAACC